GCAAACAACUCCUAAAGCCCAUGUAGCUGGCCUAAUUUGAUUGUUAAACGCUGCAUUCUUUGGGGAGAAAAUUACUCCUCUCCCUAUAGGGGGAACUCUUAAAAGAAACCGCUUUCUGAAAGGGGCCAACUGGGCGGUGUCCUCCUUUCCCAACGCCCCGUUGCUAUUCUUAGAUGGCGGGGUGGUGGCUUUCGCUUUUCCCCGGCGGAGUUCCCAGCGGCGGCGCGAUGCGGCUGGGCAGGCCAGGCUGAGACUGGGCAGGGGCGGUCGCCGUCGCCGUCUGGGCGCGGCCGGGGACCGAGGGUUGGGCCUGCAGCGGAGGCGGCGGAGCAGCUGGGAGAGCAGGAGCCUUCCCAGCUCGCCGCAGUCCCCGCCGGCUGCACCAUGGCCAGUGGCGCCUGUCAGGGCUGCGAAGAGGAAGAGGAGGAGGAGGCUCUGAAGAAGUUGAUAGUCAGGCUGAACAAUGUCCAGGAAGGCAAGCAGAUCGAGACGUUGCUUCAGCUCUUGGAGGACAUGCUGGUGUUCACCUACUCGCACCGCGCCUCCAAGUUAUUUGAAGGUAAAAAUUUCCACGUGCCUCUGUUGAUUGUCCUGGACUCCUACAUGAGAGUCACCAGUGUGCAGCAGGCGGGGUGGUCACUUCUGUGCAAAUUAAUAGAAGUCUGUCCGGGGACAUUGCAAAGCUUAAUAGGACCCCAGGAUAUUGGAAAUGAUUGGGAAGUCCUUGGUAUUCACCGGCUGAUUCUUAAAAUGUUAACUGUUCAUCACGCCAAUGUAAACCUGUCAAUAGUUGGACUGAAAGCCUUAGAUCUUCUCCUAGAUUCAGGUAAACUCACCUUGCUGAUACUGGAUGAAGAGUGUGAUAUUUUUUUGUUAAUUUUUGAUGCCAUGCACCGAUAUUCAGCCAAUGAUGAAGUCCAGAAACUCGGAUGCAAAGCUUUACACGUGCUGUUUGAGAGAGUUUCUGAGGAACAGCUGACUGAGUUUGUGGAGAACAAAGACUACACGGUACUGCUGAGCACGUUCGGCAGCUUCGGGAGGGACGAGGAGAUUGUGUACCAUGUACUGUGCUGCUUGCAUUCCCUGGCGGUUACUUGCAGCAAUGUGGAGGUCCUCAUGAGUGGGAAUGUCAGGUGUUACAAUCUUGUGGUGGAGGCCAUGAAGACCUUCCCCACCAGUGAAAACAUCCAAGAGGUGAGCUGCUCCUUGCUGCACAAACUUACAUUAGGUAAUUUUUUCAACAUCCUGGUGUUGAACGAAGUGCAUGUCUUUGUGGUAAAAGCGGUCCGACAGUACCCGGAGAACGCAGCCUUACAGAUCUCCGCACUCAGCUGUUUAGCGCUCCUCACUGAGACUAUUUUCUUAAACCAAGACUUGGAGGAAAGAAGUGAGACUCAGGAGCAGAGUGAUGAGGAGGACAGUGAGAAGCUUUUCUGGUUGGAACCCUGCUAUAAAGCCCUGAUGAGCCAUCGAAAGAACAAACAUGUGCAGGAGGCCGCCUGCUGGGCACUAAAUAAUCUCCUUAUGUACCAGAACAGUUUGCAUGAGAAGAUUGGAGAUGAAGAUGGCCAGUUUCCUGUGCACAGGGAAGUGAUGCUGUCUAUGCUGAUGCACUCUCCUUCCAAAGAUGUCUUCCAAGCAGCUGCACAUGCUCUGUCCACUCUCUUGGAACAAAAUGUUAAUUUCAGGAAAAUCCUGCUGGCAAAAGGAGUAUACCUGAAUGUCUUGGAGUUGAUGCAGAGGCAUGCCCAUGCACCUGAGGUGGCAGAGAGUGGCUGCAAGAUGCUGAGUCAUCUGUUUGAAGGAAGCCGACCAAAUAAGAAUUCCACCAAAGUCCAGCUUGGUGAGCAGAUGAGAUUUAUUGGGGUUACUUACAGGACUAUGGGUGACAGGAGCAGAAAUGACUCAAAGACAGCUGCAGCGCCAAAGCCCACGUCCCCCACCCCCGUCUGUAUUGGUCACUGUUUGUUCUUGAAUUUAGGACUAUCGGAAGAAUCCAGGGAUGACUCUCAAUGCAGACCAAAUGUGCUCAGAAAACAGUGUUUCAGGACUGACAUCCACAAGCUGGUUCUAGCCGCUCUGAACAGGUUCAUUGGGAAUCCUGGUAUUCAGAAAUGUGGAUUGAAAGUUAUCUCUUCUCUCGCGCACCUUCCUGAUGCCAUAGAGACGUUAUCUCUGCAAGGUGCAGUGGACUCAGUCCUCCACAUCUUACAGAUGUAUCCAGAUGACCAAGAAAUUCAGUGUCUGGGCUUACACCUUAUGGGAUGCUUGAUGACAAAGAAGAAUUUCUGCAUAGGGACAGGGCACCUCCUGGCAAAAAUUCUGGUUUCCACUUUGCAACGCUUUAAAGAUGAUGCUGAGGUGCAGACGACAGGAUUACAGACAAUCCUGUCAAUACUUGAGCUGUCAGUAUCUUUCUCCAAGCUGCUAGUGCACUAUUCCUUUGAUGUGGUGAUAUUUCAUCAGAUGUCUUCCAGUGUUGUGGAACAAAAGGAUGAGCAGUUCCUCAACUUGUGUUGCAAAUGCUUUGCAAAAGUGGCCGUGGAUGAUGAGCUGAAAAACACCAUGCUGGAGAGAGCCUGCGAUCAGAAUAACAGCGUCAUGGUCGAAUGUUUGCUCCUCUUGGGAGCUGAUGCCAACCAAGUGAAAGGGGCAACUUCUUUAAUCUAUCAGGUAUGUGAGAAAGAGAGCAGUCCUAAAUUGGUGGAACUGUUGCUUAAUGGUGGAUGCCGUGAACAAGAUGUACGAAAAGCUCUGACCGUAAGCAUCCAAAAGGGCGACAGCCAGGUCAUCAGCUUACUCCUGAGGAGACUUGCCCUGGACCUGGCCAACAACAGCAUUUGCCUUGGAGGAUUUUGCAUAGGAAAAAUUGAUCCUUCUUGGCUUGGUCCAUUGUUUCCAGACAAGUCAUCUCAUUUGAGGAAGCAAACAAACACAGGAUCUGUCCUUGCAAGGAAAGUGCUCCGGUAUCAGAUGAGAAACGCCCUUCAAGAAGGCGUGGCCUCAGGCAGUGAUGGCAACUUCUCCGAAGAUGUGCUGGCGAAAUUUGGAGAAUGGACCUUUAUUCCCGACUCUUCUAUGGACAGUGUGUUUGGCCAGAGUGAUGAUCUGGAUAGCGAAGGCAGCGAGAACUCAUUUCUCGUGAAGAGGAAGUCCAACUCAAUUAGUGUAGGGGAAGUUUACAGAGAACUAGCUCUGCCGCGCUGCUCACCAAAUGCUCAGAGGCAUUCCAAUUCGCUGGGUCCUGUUUUUGACCAUGAAGACUUACUGAGACGAAAAAGAAAAAUACUGUCUUCAGAUGAAUCUCUCAGGCCCUCAAGGCUGCCGUCCCAUGUGAGGCAAUCAGAUAGCUCUUCUUCCCUGGCUUCUGAGAGAGAACACAUCACGUCGUUAGACCUAUCUGCCAACGAACUCAAAGACAUUGAUGCCCUGAGCCAGAAGUGUUGCCUCAGUAGCCACCUGGAGCAUCUCACCAAACUGGAACUUCACCAGAAUUCACUCACGAGCUUCCCACAGCAGCUGUGUGAGACUCUGAAGUGUUUGAUACAUUUGGAUUUGCACAGUAACAAAUUCACCUCAUUUCCCUCCUUCGUGUUGAAAAUGCCAAGUAUCACCAACCUAGAUGCCUCUCGAAAUGACAUUGGGCCAACAGUAGUUUUAGACCCUGCGGUGAAGUGUCCAAGCCUCAAACAGUUGAACCUGUCCUAUAACCAGCUCUCUUCAAUCCCAGAGAACCUUGCCCAAGUAGCGGAGAAGCUUGAGCAGCUCCUACUGGAAGGAAAUAAAAUAUCUGGGAUUUGCUCUCCCUUGAGCCUGAAGGAACUGAAGAUUUUAAAUCUUAAUAAAAACCACAUUCCAUCCCUACCUGAAGACUUUCUUGAGGCUUGUCCAAAAGUAGAGAGUUUCAGUGCCCGCAUGAAUUUUCUUGCUGCAAUGCCUGCCUUACCUUCUUCCAUAACAAGCUUAAAAUUGUCUCAAAACUCUUUCACGUGCAUUCCAGAAGCGAUUCUCAGUCUUCCCCACUUGCGGUCCUUGGAUAUGAGCCACAACAGCAUUGACUGUCUGCCGGGACCUGCACAUUGGAAGUCUCUGAACUUAAGGGAACUCAUCUUUAGCAAAAAUCAGAUCAGCGCCUUAGACUUUAGUGAAAACCCACACGUAUGGUCAAGAGUAGAGAAACUGCAUCUCUCUCAUAAUAAACUGAAAGAGAUUCCUCCAGAAAUUGGCUGUCUUGAAAAUCUGACAUCUCUCGAUGUCAGUUACAACUUGGAACUGAGGUCUUUUCCAAAUGAAAUGGGGAAGUUGAGCAAGAUAUGGGAUCUUCCCUUGGAUGGACUGCAUCUGAAUUUUGACUUUAAGCACGUAGGAUGCAAAGCCAAAGACAUCAUAAGGUUUCUACAACAACGUCUGAAAAAGGCUGUACCCUACAACCGAAUGAAGCUCAUGAUUGUGGGAAAUACGGGGAGCGGUAAGACCACUUUACUGCAACAACUCAUGAAAAUGAAGAAACCAGAACUUGGCAUGCAGGGUGCCACGGUCGGCAUAGACGUGCGAGACUGGUCCAUCCAAAUACGGGGCAAAAGGAAAAAGGACCUCGUUCUAAACGUGUGGGAUUUUGCAGGUCGUGAGGAAUUCUACAGCACUCACCCCCACUUCAUGACCCAGAGAGCUCUCUACCUGGCUGUCUAUGAUCUCAGCAAAGGGCAGGCAGAGGUGGACGCCAUGAAGCCCUGGCUCUUCAAUAUCAAGGCUCGUGCCUCUUCUUCCCCGGUGAUUCUGGUGGGCACCCAUUUGGACGUUUCCGAUGAGAAGCAGCGCAAAGCCUGCAUAAGCAAAAUCACGAAGGAACUCCUAAAUAAGCGAGGAUUCCCCACCAUCCGGGACUACCACUUUGUGAAUGCCACCGAGGAGUCGGAUGCGCUGGCAAAGCUUCGGAAAACCAUCAUAAACGAAAGCCUCAAUUUCAAGAUUCGAGAUCAGCCUGUGGUUGGGCAGCUAAUUCCAGAUUGCUACGUAGAACUGGAGAAAAUCAUUUUAUCAGAGCGUAAAGCUGUGCCGACUGAGUUUCCUGUAAUUAACCGGAAACACUUGUUACAACUCGUGAAAGAACAUCAGCUGCAGCUGGAUGAGAACGAGCUCCCACAUGCUGUUCAUUUCCUAAAUGAGUCAGGAGUUCUUCUGCAUUUUCAAGACCCCGCCUUGCAGCUAAGUGACCUGUACUUUGUGGAACCCAAGUGGCUUUGUAAAGUCAUGGCACAGAUCUUGACAGUGAAAGUGGACGGCUGUCUGAAACAUCCCAAGGGCAUCAUUUCCCGGAGAGAUGUGGAAAAGUUCCUUUCAAAGAAAAAGCGAUUCCCGAAGAACUACAUGAUGCAGUACUUUAAACUAUUAGAAAAAUUCCAGAUCGCAUUGCCAAUAGGGGAAGAAUAUCUGCUGGUUCCAAGCAGCUUGUCUGACCACAGGCCAGUGAUAGAGCUCCCCCACUGUGAGAACUCUGAGAUCAUCAUCCGGCUGUAUGAGAUGCCAUACUUUCCCAUGGGAUUUUGGUCAAGAUUGAUUAACCGAUUACUUGAAAUCUCUCCCUUCAUGCUUUCUGGCAGAGAGAGAGCACUACGCCCAAACAGAAUGUAUUGGCGGCAAGGCAUCUACUUGAAUUGGUCUCCAGAAGCAUACUGUCUGGUAGGCUCUGAAGUCUUAGACAAUCGCCCAGAGAGUUUCUUGAAAAUCACGGUUCCAUCUUGUAGAAAAGGUUGUAUUCUUCUGGGCCGAGUUGUGGAUCAUAUUGAUUCGCUCAUGGAAGAAUGGUUUCCUGGAUUACUGGAGAUUGACAUUUGUGGCGAAGGAGAAACUCUGUUGAAAAAAUGGGCAUUGUACAGUUUUAAUGAUGGUGAAGAACAUCAGAAGAUCUUGCUUGAUGAGUUGAUGAAGAAGGCUGAAGAAGGAGACCUGUUAAUAAAUCCAGAUCAACCAAGGCUCACUAUCCCAAUAUCCCAGAUUGCCCCGGACUUGAUCUUGGCUGACCUGCCUAGAAAUAUUAUGUUGAACAAUGAUGAGCUGGAAUUUGAGGAAGCACCUGAGUUUCUCUUAGGCGAUGGAAGUUUUGGAUCUGUUUAUCGAGCUGCCUACGAGGGAGAGGAAGUGGCCGUGAAGAUUUUUAAUAAGCACACAUCUCUUAGGCUGUUAAGACAAGAGUUGGUGGUCCUUUGUCACCUUCACCACCCCAGCCUGAUAUCCUUGCUGGCGGCUGGGAUUCGUCCUCGGAUGUUGGUAAUGGAGUUGGCUUCCAAAGGUUCCUUGGAUCGCCUACUGCAGCAGGACAAAGCCAGCCUCACCAGAACCCUCCAGCACAGGAUCGCGUUGCAUGUGGCCGACGGCCUGAGGUAUCUCCACUCAGCCAUGAUUAUUUACCGUGAUCUGAAGCCCCACAAUGUGCUGCUUUUUACCCUGUAUCCCAAUGCUGCCAUCAUUGCGAAGAUUGCAGACUACGGGAUCGCACAGUACUGCUGCAGGAUGGGAAUAAAGACAUCAGAGGGCACCCCAGGGUUCCGGGCACCUGAAGUUGCCAGGGGGAAUGUCAUUUAUAACCAACAGGCUGAUGUUUAUUCUUUUGGCUUACUACUUCACGAUAUUUGGACAACUGGGAGUAGGAUUAUGGAGGGUUUGAGGUUCCCAAAUGAGUUUGAUGAGUUAGCCAUACAAGGGAAAUUGCCAGAUCCAGUUAAAGAAUAUGGCUGUGCCCCAUGGCCUAUGGUUGAGAAGUUAAUUACAAAGUGUUUGAAGGAAAAUCCUCAAGAAAGACCCACUUCUGCUCAGGUCUUUGACAUUUUGAAUUCAGCUGAAUUAAUUUGCCUCAUGCGACACAUUUUAAUACCUAAGAACAUCAUUGUGGAAUGCAUGGUUGCCACAAAUCUCAAUAGCAAGAGUGCGACUCUCUGGUUGGGAUGUGGGAACACUGAAAAAGGACAACUUUCCUUAUUUGACUUAAACACGGAAAGAUACAGCUAUGAGGAAGUUACUGAUAGUAGAAUACUGUGCUUGGCUUUGGUGCAUCUCGCUGCUGAGAAAGAGAGCUGGGUUGUGUGUGGGACACAGUCUGGGGCUCUCCUGGUCAUCAAUGUUGAAGAGGAGACAAAGAGACACACUCUAGAAAAGAUGACUGAUUCUGUCACUUGUUUGUAUUGUAAUCCCCUUGCCAAGCAGAGCAAGCAAAGUAACUUUCUUUUGGUGGGAACUGCUGAUGGCAACUUAAUGAUAUUUGAAGAUAAAGCCAUUAAGUGUAAAGGAGCUGCCCCCUUGAAGACACUACACAUAGGCGACGUCAGUACGCCCCUGAUGUGCCUGAGCGAGUCCAUGAAUUCAUCCGAAAGACACAUCACAUGGGGAGGGUGUGGCACAAAGGUCUUCUCCUUUUCCAAUGAUUUCACCAUUCAGAAACUCAUCGAGACAAGAACCAACCAGCUGUUUUCUUACGCGGCUUUCAGCGAUUCUAACAUCAUAGCACUGGCAGUAGACACAGCCCUCUAUAUUGCCAAGAAAAACAGCCCUGUCGUAGAAGUGUGGGACAAGAAAACAGAAAAGCUCUGUGAAUUAAUAGACUGUGUGCACUUCUUAAAGGAGGUGAUGGUAAAAAUAAACAAGGAAUCGAAACAUAAGCUGUCCUACUCUGGGAGGGUGAAGGCCCUCUGCCUGCAGAAGAACACAGCGCUCUGGAUCGGAACUGGAGGAGGCCACAUCUUACUCCUGGAUCUUUCUACUCGGCGAGUUAUCCGCACCAUUCACAAUUUCUGUGAUUCUGUGAGAGCCAUGGUCACAGCACAAUUAGGAAGCCUUAAAAAUGUCAUGCUGGUUUUGGGGUACAAGCGGAAGAGUACAGAGGGUACCCAAGAACAAAAAGAGAUACAAUCUUGUUUGUCUAUUUGGGACCUCAAUCUUCCACACGAAGUGCAAAAUUUAGAAAAACACAUUGAAGUAAGAACAGAAUUAGCUGAUAAAAUGAGGAAAACAUCUGUUGAAUAGAAAGACAUCAGACAGUCUCGAUGUUAUAUUGAAUAAGACAUCAGAAAUCCUCGUCACUAUAUUGAAAAAGACAUCAGACAUUCUCGCCAAUAUGUUAGAAAAUGAACUCUUCUUUUUAAAAUAUAUAUUUUUAAAUGUUUACACUGAAAAGAGUAUGCCUAUUCUUUACAAAGCUCAUAUGUAUAUGAAGGAAUGUGUAUGUUUUAUGUUUAAUUUAAUAUAUGUAAAAAUAUUUAUCAGCAAAUAUGUUUUAAAGAACUAUUUAAUUUAGUACUAUAUUUUCUAUACUCCUUAACUAAUUUGAAGGGAUAAGCAAAAGAAAUCCUCAAAGCAUUUAAUUUCAGUAUUUAUACUAAAAUUAAUUAAAAAAAUCAUGUUUGUUUUGCUAUGUAUUGUGAAGAUAAAGUCUAUUUUAAAUUGUUCAUUAAGAAACAGAUGUUGCUUGAUUAUCUACGGACUCAGCAGAAUACAAUAAAAUAUCUGGUCAAUUUCCAAGUUAGAGACUCUUUCAUAUCUUGUUUUCAAAAGUGAAUUAUCAUCAUAAUGUAAACUGUCAUAUUUUCACUAAUAAAAAUUUUUGUU